AUGCGCUACAUCGUUCGCUCUAACGGUGAGACAUCAGAUGAUCUCGAGAGUGCGAUUGGUGUCCUUAUUGACGACCCCUCCUUUCCGACGCUCGGAAACACGCGAGAGAACCACCUGGAAUACAUCCGCACAUUCAUUCACGAGACGUCUAAGACGAGGUCUAUGCGCGUGUUGUGGGCGAGAAUCGGCAUGAGGGAUAUGCUCAAGGACGUAGCCCCCGCCGUCGCGCGGCUCCUGUAUACGACCCGUUUCGACGCACUACUCUGCCACGGCGCGGAUGCGGUCUCGGACAUCGACGACUGUGUGAAGGACCUGGAGAAGAUCCCAAGCAGCUUCCUGCAGCGCACGCUCGGACUCUCCCGUUGCGGUAUACACACACCAUAG